ACAUAAACUCCCCCAAACAUAUACAUACAAACCCCUUGUAAGUAUAUGCAAUUGUGUCAAACACUGACAACAUUUUCAAGCACAUAGGACAAAACUCCACAUACAUAAUACAUAGUACUGUAACAGAAAUAUACAUGGGUAUUGUGGAUAUGUAUUAGGUUAAUGGGUAGCUUUUAAAUUUCACAAAAAUCACUAUACUCCAUCUCUUUGCUUCAAUUUGAACAUACAUAGAGUGAUUUUGCAGGCCAAGAAAAGGGUAAAGAUCAAAACUUUCUUAGCUGAAACAUAUAGAUCCCCCUUGUUUAGGUGUUAUCUGGGAAUGGGGGACCAUUUUGUGUUGCUCGUUGAUCGCUUGCUUACUGAAUCCACUUUGGAGGCUGCAAUUGAGAGCAGGAACCCAUCAAAACAAUCAGGAUCCGCAGAAAACAAUGAUGUUGUAAUUGAUUGUGCUUCACAUUCAGAUUCUGAAAUUGGUUUCGCUCCUAGGAAAGUGGUUGAAUGCAGGAUAUGCCAGGAUGAGGAUUUUGAUUCAAAAAUGGAGACACCUUGCUCUUGCCGUGGCAGCUUGAAGUAUGCUCAUCGCAGAUGUGUGCAAAAGUGGUGUAACGAGAAGGGUAACACUAUGUGCGAGAUAUGUCAUCAGCAAUUCACCCCAAACUACACAGCACCACCUCCUCUCUUUCGAUUUGGGGGCAUCCCAAUGAACUUGAGGGGUAGCUGGCAAAUUAGCAGGCGUGACUUGAAUAAUCCCCGUUUGGUUGCCAUGGUUUCAACUCAUCGCAACUUUCUCAGUCCUACAUAUGAUGAAUAUGCAGAUUCGUCAUCAAGAAAUUUGAUAUGCUUUCGUUUAGUUGUUGCAAUUUUCAUGGUCCUAUUAAUUCUAAGGCAUGCUGUUCCAAUCUUUGCCACAGGAUCAGAUAAUUUCUCUUUCCCAUUGUUUGUGUUACCGCUACUGCGAAUUUUAGGGAUCCUUCUCCCAGUUUACAUCAUACUGAAAGCUCUACAUGGUCGCCGUCGCCAACGACAGGCUACCAGUGUAUCCUCGGUACGAUCUGAUGAUGAAGAAGCUGAUGAUGCGGCAAUUUUGCAGAAUCAACCCGAAAGCAUUCAAGUUCCAUGAUGGAUCUGUUACAACAAUCUCAAGUAACAAGCUGAGUCGAUGUGACUGGUUUCUUUUGGCACUAAAGGCUGCCAUGAAAGUGGUGCUCCAACUUGAACAUAACUGGUCAAGUUUAGGUUUUAGUUAAAAGACUUUAUAAACAAAACAGGAUGAGCUCGAAAGCAUGCUCUCCAUAGAUACAGAACAGGCACCCUUCAGGUUUCCAUAUAAUAUGUAUGUGUGGAUAUUUUGUGUAUCAUACUUUCAGAUUUUAUAGAGUCCGUAAAUAUCGAACCGGGUUGUAAUUAUUACCAGUUUACUGAAAGUAAGCAGGCAAUGUAAUAUCUUAGUGGAUUUUGUGUA